GUAAUCCCUUUCUGUAGAGCUGAGAGUUGUAGUCGCCCAGUCGUACAGAUCAGGCAGCGGGAUGGAAGCCGGGGGACUCUCUGGGACUCUUCUACUCUGCGUGUGGCUGCUGAUAGCCGACUGCUCAUCGGCCGAGGAUUAUGUGCUUGAGGGGAAGGCGGAAUGUCACCAUAUGAACGGGACCGAGAGAGUCAGGUUUUUGCGAAGAUAUUUCUACAACGGGGAGGAGUUUCUUUACUAUGACAGCGACGUCGGGAAAUUCAUCGCGAAAACCGAACUCGGGAGAUUCCAAGCGGAUUAUUUCAACAGCGAUAAGGAAAUCAUGGAGUACCAGAAGAGUGCGGUGCAGACAUUCUGUGUGUAUAACUAUAACAUAUUCCACAGUGUAACCGCGGACAGGAGAGUGGAGCCGCAGGUCAAGGUGUCCGUGAUGGGGCCGGAGGACGAUUUAUUGCAGCACCAGCACACCCUGAUCUGUAACGUUCACGGGUUCUUCCCGUCCGAGAUUUCCGUGAAAUGGUUCCGGAACGAUCAGGAACAAUCGGAAUCGGUGAAGUCGUCCGAUCUCUUCCCGAACGGCGACUGGACCUUUCAGAUCUUAGUGAUGCUGGAGACCGACAUCCAGAGAGGCGACUCGUUCACCUGCGAGGUCCUUCACAAGAGCCUGAGGAGCCCCCUCCGAGUGCACUGGAAACCCGAGGUGUCUGAUUCGGCCAAAAACAAGAUGGUGACCGGGAUAGUUGGGUUUGUACUCGGCGGCAUUUUUAUCACCGUCGGUCUUGUUAUCUACUGGAGAAGCCAGAAAGCGAGAUCUUUGCAACGGGGGAAUUACUCGCACCCAUUAAACCCCAGCGAGACCCACUGACGACCUUCAAAGCACCUUCAAGCCUUUUCCUCUGCAUAUCUGAAUCUGCGCAAGAUGGCGGCAGUCAUGUGACCCGAACCGUAGAAAGCACCCUAACAACGUAUAGAUAUAUAUAAUGGGGACGCAGCUUCUAUACUGUAAAUAAUGUGAUUGAGUUAUUAAAAAGCUUUUUUUAUCUUUUUUAUGAUAAGGAAGGGGUUAAUUCUUAGAUUAUAGAAAUAAAAUGAUUUAUUUUCCGGGUUGCAGGUAUUUGCGGUUCUGAUUAUUAAAGUGCAUCCCAAUCUAAUCCAUAUAGUCUGUACAUACAGUAAGCGUGUCGCCUUCCGCUGUAUGAUGGAGGGGUCCCUGUGUAAUCAGGGGUUUCCUAGAUUGAAUGCCCUGGAUACAGAUACAACCCGUUGCUAUGCCGAUAAUAUACAAGCCGUUGCUAUGCCGAUAAUUGGGUUUCUAGCACUGGUUUGGGGGUCAGAGGUCGGCGCGUCCCAAACUUAUACGCCAGAACCCCAGACGCGUUUCACCAACUGCUUUAUUAAAUGGGUGAAUGGAAGGGCAAAGAGGUUUGAAGGACCGGCUCCCGUCAGCGCAUGUAUAUAACUGAGGGAAACGUCUGCGUCUCGUCUGUCGGUUUACAUUUUAUUUGAGGAAGAGAUAAAAGCCGAAGAUCUGCAAAGAAACGCAGAAAGAGGGAGACGAUUUAAAGUUUUUUUUACCUCUACGUAAGUGAUCUGAUUGUGCCGACGGAUAUGCAAAUAAUCCGACACGGCGCAGAAGAGGUGAUUUGCAUAUGAGCCUGCGCUGUGAUGUCACAAAAGGAGCAUAGCGUGCCAGGCGAUGUUUAACUCUUUGCGUGCCAGAUUUAUGCUGAAUUCUGCUUUAUCACCAAUUAUGAAAUGCUGUUUUCUGAAUAGCUGCUGAUUGAUGUUGAAUAAUAAACUCCUUUCUUUCUGUAUUUUGCUUCCGAUACUAAAUCUCUGCCGUCUCUUCCAAAGAAAAAUAAAAUAAGUGUCGUUAAA